ACAUUACGUGACGUAAACUAAACAGCUGUUGGACACUUUUUUAAUUACACGUUCUAAGUAAAAUCAGUGAAAAUAUUAGAACGCUGAGGAAAGUUAAUUAAAUAAUGUCUGCAAUUGUACAAUUGACAAGAAUUUGUGGUAAACAGCAAGGAAGAACGAUAAACACAUUUCAUGCCAUAAAAGGCGCCAGUUUCUAUAAAUUCAAUAUUACGAAUAAUCGUGUGAUUACACACUUGAUAUAUUGCACACGAUCUUCAAGUUCUGUUGAGGAUGUCACGAAACCGAAAAGAAAAAUUACGCCAUUCACACCAACGCCUGGCAGUAAAAUAUUGGGUGGAGUUUUUGCUAAAAAAGUACCGGCGAAAGGUCACCAACGGCAAUCCUUACGAAAAUGUCAUAUUCACUUAGGAGGUACUGGUGAUGGGGGGAAUACUCUAGGAACACUUGAUGCACCUGAAGUGACAUCACAGGAUAUGCUGCGCGCUAUGAUGCAUUACAUUUGGCCCAAAGAAGAUGCAUUAGUAAGAAAAAGAGUUGCGAUAUCAUUGGGACUUUUAGCUGGUUCUAAAGUGUUAACAGUUUGUGUUCCAUUUUUAUUCAAAGGAGCUGUUGAUGCAAUGGGCACCCUUAAUAUGGACACAGCACCAGAAACUGUAUUAUCAGUAGCAACUGCCAUGAUGAUAGGCUAUGGUGUUGCACGUGCAAGUGCCGCAGCCUUCAAUGAAUUACGAAAUGCAGUAUUUGCCAAAGUUGCACAUCAUUCCAUACGAAAAAUUGCCACCAAUGUUUUUUUACAUUUACAUAAUUUAGAUUUAUCAUUUCAUUUAAAUAAGCAAACUGGCGCCCUAUCAAAGACAAUUGAUCGAGGUUCACGAGGAAUCAAUUUUGUGCUAACAGCCAUGGUUUUCAACAUAGUACCCACAAUAUUUGAAUUAGCUUUAGUUUCCAGUAUUUUAGGAGUUAAAUGUGGCUUAGCUUUUGCUAGUGUAUCUAUGGGUUGUGUAGGAGUCUAUGCUGUCUACACACUUUCUGUAACGCAAUGGCGUACAAAAUUUCGUGUUUACAUGAAUCAAGCUGAAAACGAAGCUGGCAAUAAAGCUGUAGAUUCCUUAAUAAAUUAUGAAACUGUUAAAUAUUUUAAUAAUGAAAAAUUCGAAGCUGGGCGUUAUAAUGCUGUGCUUAAGAAAUACGAAACAGCUAGCUUAAAAACUAGCUCCAGUUUGGCGCUACUUAAUUUUGGUCAAAAUGCCAUCUUCAGUUCUGCACUGAGCAUAAUAAUGGUGCUAGCUGCUAAUGAAAUUGUUAAAGGCAAUAUGACAGUUGGAGAUUUGGUUAUGGUUAAUGGAUUACUAUUUCAACUAUCAAUACCAUUGGGAUUUUUAGGAAGUGUGUAUCGUGAAGUGCGUCAAGCCUUAUUAGAUAUGCAAUCAAUGUUUACAUUGAUGAAUGUAGAUAGUAAAGUACAUGUACCUGUAAAUGCACCACAUUUAGCAUUGGGCAAUAAUAAUGCAUCAAUUGAAUUUAAAAACGUUUCGUUUGAAUAUGAGUCUGGAAAACCAAUAUUUAAGGAUUUAUCAUUUAGUAUACCAGCUGGUAAAAAUAUUGCAUUUGUCGGUGGUUCUGGGUCUGGCAAAUCAUCUAUGGUACGCUUGUUAUAUAGAUUUUUCGAACCAAAUGCUGGUCAAAUAUUAAUUGGCGGACAGGAUAUAAGUGCAGUUGAUAUAGAAAGCUUAAGAAAAUCUAUUGCCGUUGUACCACAGGAUUCUGUGCUAUUUCAUGAUACAAUAAGACACAAUAUACACUAUGGCGAUUUAAGUAAAUCUCAAGAAGACAUCGAAAAUUCGGCACGUAUGGCUGAUUUACACGAUUCGAUUACAGUUUGGCCGAAAAAAUAUGAUACACAAGUUGGUGAAAGAGGUCUUAAAUUAUCUGGAGGAGAGAAGCAACGUGUGGCAAUAGCACGUGCUAUAUUGAAAAACUCACCGAUUUUAAUAUUUGACGAAGCCACAAGUAGCUUGGAUUCAAUAACAGAAUAUAAUAUUCUGCAAGCCUUAUCGCGUGCUACAAAGGGACGUACAAGUAUUUGCAUUGCUCACCGGUUAUCUACUGUUAUGGAUGCCGAUGAAAUUUUAGUACUAGAAAAUGGUAAAGUCGGCGAACGUGGAACUCACUCUGAAUUACUAAAAAGAAAUGGACUUUAUGCACGUCUUUGGGAAACACAAACACAACAAAUUUGACAUCAAGAACAAAUAGGAACUAAUCAGUUAGGAAGUGGGAACAAGAUUAACUUAUUUGUAUAGUGCUAGCCUUAUCUUAAAUGUAGUUUAAGUUUAUUUUAUUUUAAUUACUAGAACGUUAUAUUUUAUUUGUUGUUGUAAUAAUUUAAAUCUAA